GGUUUAUCUUUAUUAUAGACCCGGUCAACACACAUUUACAGUUGACCACACAACAACCCAAGUGAAUAGUGAUAUUAUCCCUCCUUAUAAAAGGAGUCGUAACUGCGUUACCAAGUUCCAUCAUCAACCUAACUACUAAACAACCCUUGAUCUCUUUCUCAAAAAAGAUUAAAAAGAGAAAAAGAAAGCAUAUAAGAAGUCAACAAUAUGGAGAAUAUGAGAAACGACGGGGAAGAAAACGAUUCUCACUGGAUCCCAUUUACGUUCUUUGAACAAUCUUCACUAACGAUUCCUAUCUUGAAGUGUCUCGGUCUGGAAAGCUCAUCUUCCUCUAGUGAUCUUUCGUCUUCUUCUUCUUCAUCUCAUAGCGAGGAAGAUGACGGUAUGGUAAUAAAGGAGGAGGAGGAAGAUACCAUGACCACCGUUGAAAUCACAACUCGGCGGUUGCAGAAGAGACCCAAGCCUCCAACAAGCUCAGGAAAAGGAGGAAAACACAAUUAGGGGAUUCAUAUAUAUAUAUAUAUAUAUAUAUACAGAGAGGGAGAGGCAACAAGCUAAAUAAAUGCAUAUAUAUACAGACUUAGCAGCUGUGUAAUAUACUACUAGACUUUAUAAUUUAUAUAGUCAUUUACUUUUUGAAUGUGAGUUCAAUUAAUAAAGAUGGAGUUUGAUUAACACAAGUUUAUUUUGCACAAACCACUGCUCUAUCCAGUGGCGGAGCCAGAAAAUUUAUUCACCAGGGUCAUAAUUUUCUUUAAAAAAAAAAACAUAAAUUUAACUUA